AGGUGUGCCGCUAGAUGGCAGCAGAUGUCCAUGUAGUGAGGGAUUAACCUGGUCGUUUUUUGCUGCAGUGUGGAUUAUUUUGCAAUAUAUCAUGUUAUACGAACCAUGAGAUGGCAUUCAUGGGUAAAGCGGUCGACUCAAAGACCGUCCUGUAUAAUCUGCUGCUCUGUCUGAUCAUAUUUUACUGUGUCUUCUACAUGAUCGGGAGUGUGUGUUUUGGCGCCUUCAGGUUGGAUCACUUUGACGGAUUGAUUCCAUUUGAUUUCAAGACUGAGCCUACUGAAUCCAAUUCCAAAUAUCUAGUGAACCUUCUGUCCUUGGAGCUCACCUACUUUUGCAGUGGCCUUUUGUUUGCCGCAGUGGUACGGAGGCGGGUGUGGGACUAUGCCCUCACCGUCACUCUCUUGCACGUUCUUAUCACCAGCGUGGUUAUGUUGGAGUUUCCCACAGUGUGGCAGUGGUGGCUGGCUUUGGGUAGUGGUCUGUUUCUGAUGAUCUGCAAUGGGCAGCUGAUCGCUUACUUCACUUGCCAGAGUGAGCAGACUUACGCUUCCUUCAGCAUCUACUGAUGGACAGAAAAGUUUUACUCAGUCAUGUGAAAUUGGAUGUAAGCAUGAAUCCAGAUGCUCUUCUCAGAGGGAGAUUACCCAUUAAGGUGCUUUUGUUUGUCAAUGAAAUUAGGCUUUUUGCCAGAGUAUUAAAAUUAUUUGUUUUUUGUACAUUUUAAAAGUAUAAAUGUGAAGAGUAAAACAAUCCAACCACAUCGUUUUGUGACACUUAUUAGAAAGCGAGGUUUUGUGAACUAAUGACCAACCUAUUCCAUAUUAAAAGGGUUUUUCAGUAAUAAUAAAAAAUCUAUUUGAUAAUAGAUAAAGAAUACCUUUGUUGUGCUACCAGUUGAACACACACAGACAGACAUACAAUGCAGUGAUGGUUUAAGAAUAUUUUCAGUGUUUAAAAAUAAGUGAUUGAAUAAUUUAUUGCAUAAAAAUAACAUUUUAAACAGAUGUGUUUCCUAAUGGAUUCGGCAUUAUGAAAGCGGCUCUGCUGCCUCCAACACUA